ACAACAAUCCUUGUAUUUUCUGGAGUAGUUUAUUCGCUGAAAAUGGAGUCCCGCCAAUCACUGAAACGAUCGGAUACCAUUGCAGAUGCCAUGCCUGAUGCUUUGAAGCAGAGCACCACCCAUAUGAAGAAAUGCUUCACCAGGUUGGUGGAAUCGGGAAAAAGGUUACUAAAAAGACAGCAAUUGAUGGAUGAAGUGGAGAACUCAAUAGAAGACAAGGCUGAGAAAAGCAAGAUCCUGGAGGGACUAAUUGGUUUCAUUCUGAUAUCCACACAGGAGGCAGCUGUGGUUCCACCAUAUGUUGCAUUUGCCGUGAGACCGAAUCCGGGGUUCUGGGAGUUCGUCAAGGUGAACUCGGAGAACCUCCAUGUCGACGGCAUUAACCCUUCGGAGUACUUGAAGUUCAAGGAAACGAUAUUCGACCAAAAUUGGGCGACCGAUGAGAAUGCUUUGGAAAUCGACUUCGGAUCCAUUAACUACACUACUCCUCAUUUAACCCUUCCCUCUAGUAUCGGCAAUGGAGCCACCUACGUCUCGAAGUUCAUGUUCUCUAAGCUAUCCGAGAGCUGCGAAUGCGAUAGCCCGCUGUUGGACUACCUAUUGGCCCUUAAUCACCAAGGGGAGGAUCUCCUGAUAAAUGGAAAUCUAAAUACGGUCGACAAGCUUAAAACAGCUCUGCUGGCAGCAAGCAGUACCGUCUCCGCAUUACCGAAGGAAACACCAUACGAAAAUUUUGAGCCGAGGUUAAAAGAGCUCGGUUUCGAGAAAGGAUGGGGGGAAAAUGCAGAAAGAGUUAAGGAGACAAUGAUGACCCUUUCCGAGGUGUUACAAACUCCGGAGCCUGCAAAACUUGACUCGCUCUUUAGCUGGAUCCCGACUGUGUUUAAGAUCGUAAUCGUAUCAUCUCACGGUUACUUCGGGCAGGCGGAUGUCCUCGGCUUGCCAGAUACCGGAGGCCAGGUGGUUUACAUUCUUGAUCAAGUAAAAGCUCUGGAGGAAGCCUUGCUACUAAGAAUAAAAUCACAAGGCCUGGCCGUGACGCCUCAGAUUGUUGUGGUAACUCGACUUAUACCGGAUGCUCGAGGAACCACAUGUAACCAAGAGCUCGAGCCAAUCAUCAACACCAAGCAUUCCCACAUUCUCAGAGUCCCAUUCAAGACGGAUAAAGGAGUACUUCAGCAAUGGGUCUCACGGUUCGACAUCUAUCCGUAUCUAGAGACAUUUGCACAGGAUGCUCAAGCGAAAAUCCUUGAACACAUGGGAUGUAAACCGGACCUCAUAAUCGGAAACUACAGUGACGGAAAUUUGGUGGCAUCUCUAAUGGCUAGAAAACUUGGAAUCCCUCUGGGAACAAUAGCUCAUGCUUUAGAGAAAACCAAGUAUGAAGAUUCAGAUGUCAAGUGGAAAGAGCUAGAAGCAAAGUAUCACUUUUCAUGUCAAUAUACAGCUGACAUACUAGCAAUGAAUGCUGCUGAUUUCAUCAUAAGCAGCACCUAUCAAGAAAUCGCCGGCAGCUCAGUAAAACCUGGACAGUAUGAAAGUCAUGCAGCCUUUACCAUGCCUGGGCUUUGCCGGGUUGUCUCAGGCAUCAAUAUAUUUGAUCCCAAGUUCAACAUAGUUGCUCCGGGGGCCGACCAGUCCGUCUACUUUCCCUACACAGAGGAAAACAGGCGUCUAUCGUCUUUCCAUCCAGCCAUUGAAGAAUUACUCUACAGCCAGAACGAUAACAACGAACACAUUGGAUAUCUGGCAGACCGGAGGAAGCCGAUUAUCUUCUCCAUGGCAAGACUUGAUAUUGUGAAGAACAUUACAGGUCUAACCGAGUGGUAUGGAAAGAACAAAAGGCUUAGAGACUUGGUAAACCUCGUUGUGGUUGCUGGAUUCUUUGAUCCAUCCAAGUCCCAUGACAGAGAGGAGCAAGCAGAAAUAAAAAAGAUGCAUCAUCUGAUAGAGCAAUAUCAACUGAAGGGCCAAUUCAGAUGGAUUGCAGCCCAGACUGAUAGACUUCGCAACGGAGAGCUGUAUCGAUGCAUUGCCGAUACAAAGGGAGCUUUCGUGCAGCCCGCCCUAUAUGAGGCCUUCGGUCUCACUGUUAUCGAAGCAAUGAACUGCGGAUUACCCACCUUUGCAACCAACAAAGGAGGCCCGGCCGAGAUUAUCGUGGAUGGGGUCUCGGGUUUCCAUAUUGAUCCGAACAAUGGGGACCAGUCCAGCAACAUCAUAGCUGAUUUCUUCGAGAAGUGCAAGAUGGAUGCUCAACAUUGGAACAGGGUGUCAACUCAAGGGCUUUGUCGCAUAAACGAAUGCUACACAUGGGAGAUUUAUGCAAACAAACUGCUGAACAUGGGAUCCACCAAUGGAUUUUGGAGGCAGUUGAACAAAGAACAAAUUCUAGCCAAGCAAAGAUACAUUCAACUGAUCUUCAACCUGCAAUUCAGGAAAUUGGCGAGGACUGUGCCUAUUCCAUCUGAACACACCCAAGCAGAACUAAAAUCUCCGAAAACUAAACCGGCACCGUCAUUGCCUACCGAAACUCCUCAGUCAGCACCUGUUCUAGAAUCUAAACCGGGACAACCGAAACCUGCGGCAGCACAGGAUAAACCCGAACUUCAACCUGCAGCAGAAACUGAAGCAGAGGAUCAAAGUUUUCUGCAGAAGAUUAGCCCUUUCCACAAAAUGUGCUUCACAAUUGGUUCUUUGUGGCUGUUCUAUUAUUUCAUAAGGAAGUUGUAUUACAGCUUUACAUGGUGGUAAUAUGAUGAAAGUAUAAGCUGAUGACAGACACCUAAGCAUUCUUCAAUUUGUAAACCUUUGUUAAUGAAUAAAUUGCCUUAGAAGCUUCAAUUUGUAAAGUACUGAUAAAUUC